GAACGAGAGGGAGGAUAGCAGACAUGACGAGGUCUCUGCUGAAGCUGGCUGUCCUGCUGUUCUGCGUGCAGCGAGGAGAGGGCCACUGGCUGUCGGCGCUACUGGAGCAGCGAAGGCAGGCAUCAUCAUUCCCAUCAGAGGAGGAAAGAAGAGGGGGAGGAGAGUCCACUGAAGAGAACGACAACGCCGGCGUAGAAAGCUCAGGAUUCGUAGACCAAUUGGACAUCAUGUCGCCCCAAAUCCCAACGCGGUCCCGUCGCUCUAGCAACGAGUGCGGUCUGCGCUCCGUCCUCCUCCGGGUACGUGACCUGGAUCUGGGCUACGACGCGGACGAGACCAUCCUCUUCAAGUACUGCGGUGGCGAGUGUCCCCGGGUCCUCUCCAACCAUGACCUGACCGUUGGCAACCUGAUGGUGAGGGGCGCCCUGCCUGACUUAGGGGCCAGCGGGGGGUGGCAGAGUGGCCCGUGCUGUCGGCCGACCCACCACGAGGACCUGGCGUUCCUGGACAAUGCCCAUCACUGGCACAAGGUGGAGAAGCUGUCGGCUGCUGGGUGUACCUGUGUGGGUUAA